AUGGAUUAUCAUUCCCAGGAAGACGCUAUUUUCUCUUCUCUACCGUCUGCACCACCACAACCGCCGCCCCCACAGGCACCUUUUUCUGCCAGUUUCAACCGCCCCCACAUGGCGGCGCCGGCCAAUCUCCCCCCAAAUCCCUGUGAACCGAAACCCCACUCUCUAGUUGCUUGGUCCACCGGUCUCUGCCACUGUUGCAACGAUAUUAGUAUCUGUUGCUUGACUUGUUGGUGUCCAUGCAUUACGUUCGGUCGCAUAGCUGAAAUAGUGGACCGAGGAUCAACAUCGUGUGGGCUUAGCAGUGCAAUUUAUUUGGCGAUAUUGUGCCUAACGGGGUGCUCGUGCUUGUACUCUUGCUUUUACCGCUCAAAAAUGAGGGGACAAUUCUUAUUGGAGGAGAGUCCUUGCACUGAUUGCUGCACCCAUUGCUUGUGUGAGCAAUGUGCCUUAUGCCAAGAAUAUAGAGAGCUUCAACAUCAAGGCUUCCAUAUGUCUUUUGGGUGGCAUGGGAACGUGGAGAGGCAGAGACGGAUUGCUAAUGCUGCUCAACCAAUGCCACCGCCUACUGUGCACGGAAUGAUUCGUUAA